AUGGAAGUACAUGAUAACUCAAUUAUUCUUCAAACUAGUACCAGUAAUGUGACAGUGGCAGAUUCGGUAUGGAAAUUCAUUAAUAGUCCUAUAAUUGCAAUAUUUUCUGAUUUAAAAAAUGCAACUGCCAAACAAAUGCUUUGUUCUUUAUUGGAGUCAAUAAUUAAAAGUUCAGCUACUCUGACAACAGUUUUAAUUCCACCUUUCAGCAAUGGAAUGCAAAAUGAAACGCUAAAAUGUCAAUAUACUGCAUUUACCACCUGGUUGUUUGGUGUUAUGUUUCACCUAGUUGGAAAUCCUUUAAGUAAUGAAGUUCUUAGCAACAGCAUAGAGAUACAAGCUUGUAUGCUUAGAAUAUUAUCUAGACAUCAUAUUACAAUGUUUGAAACGAUUAGUAAUGAAUAUAUAAACAUUCUUCAAGAAAUAUCAGAAUUUUACAAAAUCAGUGGAGAAGAAGAUACAAUUGUAUUGAACAAAUUUCAUACAGAAAAAGAUAUUAUAAAAAAUUUGGAUUUACAAGCAUUUCCUGUUACAAUAAAAUACUGUGAUAUACCACAAGUGCAAACAUCUAUAAUUAAAAUUAUAGAAAGGACAGGAGUUUCUGUUUGGAAUCAUAAAAUACUCUUUGAAAAAGUAUUAAAUAUAAUCAUGAUAUCUGUUCCAAAUGUAAAAUUUAUAGCAUUAAAUCUUUGUAUAAAAUUAAUGAAAUUUUCAUUACUUAGUAAACAGGAACAUGAAAAUUUGAUACUCUAUGUUAUUGAGAUUAUUAAGUUACUUCCUACGUGGUUAAACUUAUAUGAAGUAUCAGAGAACCAAUUGAAUAAAUUUUUAUGGGCAUCUAUUGAACUUAUUCGGUCUUUAUCAAUAUCUUCAAACAGCAUUGAACUCUGCUUUCAAAUCAUUGAUUUUACAGUUAAUGAAAUGAAAUGUCGAGAUACUAAUCUUAAUGCUGUAGAAGAAAUACAAAAAGUAGCGUGUAGCAAGAUUCAGCAAUAUUUUAUCAUGAGACCAAGGAUUUGUAGUCUUUCUGAAACAGAAAAAUUUAUUUCAUAUUUUGAAUAUUGUCCGGAUUUUAUUAUAAUUUUUAUUCAUUGUGUACUUAUUGAUAUCAAACACACAGUUAGUGCAAAUGCUUCAGUGAAUAAUAUAUGUAAUUCAUGGAAUUUAUUAAAAAAAGAGUUAAUAACUGCAACACAAAAGGAAAGGUUUAAAACAUCCAUGUAUAUCUUAAAAGCCUCACAUAUUUUACAAUCAUGGUUGAAAGAACUACAGUUAACAACAAAUUUGUAUACACAUGAGUUAAAUUAUGUUUUGAAGGUAUUAUUAAAAAAUCUAAAUUCUGGGCUACAUCAGCAAAAAGAUAUUAUUUUCGAAUGUCUAAUAUAUAUGAUAGCACAUAAUGAAUCAGAUAAAGAUUUAAUUCAGAAAAUAUUAACAUUACCAUUUAUACAAAAUAUUGAAAUUCCUGUGGAUAUACUCAAUAAUCAUGCAAAAGAAAUUGCUAAAUCUCUUAAUACUAAUACAAUGUUAAAAUGUCUCGAAGCUUUAUGUGAACAUGGUACUGGAAUGGAACGAUUAAAGCUAUUAAAUACAUGUAUAGUAGGUUACCAAACUGAGAUAGCAGCAGGAGCAGUAUUGAAUAGUGUACUACUUUUAAAGAGCGAAGGAGUACAAUUGGGAAGUAUUUCAAGAUAUGUUCUUCAACCUGCAUUACAUUCAAAAGAACAGAAAGUGCAUGAAAUGCUUGUAAUUACAUUGAGUAAAAUAUGCUGUUAUUUGUCAAAAUGUGGAAGUUUCAAAAGAGGAUCUGAUAAUACAACAUGGACAUUAAAGUGCAAAUAUUGUAAUGAUAUAUCUGAAAACAAUAUAAAUUCUAAUGCUUAUAUCUUGGAAGAAUACGAUCAUCUUCUUCGUCCAUAUUUUAGUUUAUUAUCUUCAAAUUUUGUUUCAGUACGUUUGAAAAUCUCUGAAAAUAUUCUUUCUUUUUCAAAUCACAUUAUGUCCUUUAACAAUAACAAAGUAGCAAAAAUGUGGUUUUUAUAUAUAGAAGAUGAAAAUCCUGCUAUCCGUUUCAAUAUUGCUACAGCAAUAAAAAGACUAUUAUUGAAUAAAAUAGGCAUCGUGUCAAAAUUUACUAUGACUAUUGAAGAUGAUGUACCUGUUUGUUUAGACGAAUUUGUUGGAUCACUUAUAAAUACCAUAGUACGAGCACUUAUGAAAGCUUUAACAGAUGCAAACCAUGAGUUGCAUGAUACUUUACUUAUUACUGCAAGAAAUUGUGGAUGUGUUCCAUUGUAUAUAAUUGAAAGGCAAAUUUUGAAUAUAUUUUUAAUUACUAUAUUGCACUCAACAUCAUCUUCAGCAGCAGUAGCUUUUGCAACUACCGCAUAUCAUGAUAUUGCUAAAUUCUUAAACGUUUCUCCAAAAGUUUUAUACAUUAGAUAUAAAAAAGAUUUUCUCAAGCUCAUAAUACAAUGUGCAGUUCAUAACUUUAUGCAUUAUUCUUACAAUAUGGCUACAUCUAUACACCGUGUUGCAAAAUGUAUUGGUUACGAAGGAUCACGCCAGUUACUAUGCAAAGAUGGACAUUACGCAGUUUGUUUUUUACUUCCUUUUAUUAUUGAUGUGCCAAAUGCAAGAACUCUUUUGCAUGACAUAGCUGAAUUAACCAGUAUGGAUGAGAAACAAAUGUUAAAAGAAUAUUUUCCUUACAUUUGCAGUUAUGCAUUUCUGAAUAUGCCUCUUGCUACUGCUACGGAAUGUUUAAGAUUAGUUUCGAAAAUUACGCAGACGAAUUUAUCACUUUUAACAAGACAAUCAUUUAUGGGCAUAUUUGAAGAACUAAUAUUAAACUUUCAUGAGUCUCCUAAGAAAAUAGUUGGAUUAUUAAAAAUUAUAUCUGAUUAUGAUAGUAAUGCAGAUAAAAAUUACGUUACACAUAAAGGAAUUGAAUCUUAUUUGAAUUUACGUUUACACGGCAUAUUAGUUAAUUUUGAUAUAAAGCUUGGAUUAAAAUCGGACGAACAUACACAGCAGUCAGCACUUGCUUCAUUAGCUGCACUAAUGGAGUAUAUGGGUGCACAAUAUUUGACACCGCUGAGGUAUAAGAUUUUGGCGACACUACGAACUUCGCUAGGAUUUAAAAGACCAGGAUUUAGACCUCUUGUUUGUGAUGCAUGGAAUGCAUUUAUUCAUAAUAUAGCUAUUAAAGAACUUGGUCCAUUGUUACCAACGAUAUAUGUUUCAUUAAUAUCGUUAUUAAAUAUGUAUCGAGAAAAAAUAAUUACAAUGCUAAUGUUCCUACUUAUUAAAUGUAAUGAAGAAUGUCCAGAACAUAUUGCAGAAUUGUUUUUUAUAGAUGAUAUUGAAGUACCUGUUGAAAUGUCAAACAUAAUUAAAGCACGAAUUUUACAAACUAGGCCUAAAGGAUUUGAAGAGAAUUUAAAAUUAUGGCUUAAACGAAUUACGCAUGAAACGGACGAAGUAAUAAUCAGAGCUUUGAUGUAUUUACAAAAAUUUUUAGCUGAAAAUCGUAGUCAACUGAAUGAAAUGAUUUUGAGUGAAACAAAUAUCCAUCCAUUGAUUGUUGAUUUAUUAUACACAUUAUUAAUCGGAUGUCAACAUAAAGAUGAAUCUAUCCGUCUAUUAUAUGGCGAAUGUUUAGGAGAAUUAGGAGCUAUUGAACCAAGUCUUCUCCCUCGUAGAAUUAUUUCUAGAGUUGACAGUAAAUUUAUUUCUGAUAUGAAUGAAGAAUUUGCUUGUGCUAUACUUUUUGAGCAUGUUCGGGCGUUUCAAAUGCAGAAAAGUAGUCAGAGUAUGGAUUGUUUCUCACUUGCUAUUCAAGAAAUUUUAAGAACAUAUGAUAUUUCGCCCCAAGGGAAAAACAGUGAACUAUGGAAUAGUUUACCAGUGACUAUGAAACAGAUCAUUACCCCAUUUUUAACUUCACAUUACAAGAUUGCAACUAUCAGUGAUGACAAAACGUUUCCUCAUCCUAUUUAUGGUUCUGAAGCUGGUUCCUCUGUAGAAAACUGGGCAUAUAAUUGGUUUUGUAAUAUGUUUAGUAAUAUCCACGAUGAAUCUCUUAAUAAUGUAUUACGAGCAUGUAAAUUAGCACUCAAGCGUGAUAUAAAAAUAUUAACAUUUUGUUUACCCCAUGUUGUUGCGUAUAUAAUAACAAAUAGUACUACACAAGAGCACGCAAAAAUACGAGAAGAAAUAUUAACAAUUAUCGAUGUUAGAAAAAAACCUACACUUGAUCCUGAACUAUCACGUCAUAGACCUCUUAGACAUGGACAUAGAAUAAAAGCAGAUGAUGCCAGAAUUUCCGAAGAAACUAGGCGUACACGUUGUGCACAGAUCAUAUUUUCAGUAUUAGAUCAUUUGCAAAGAUGGCUUUGGGAACAACGAUUGGUUCGAAAUCACAAGUAUGAAGCUUUAAAGAACUUUUGUGAAACAUUAAAUGCAUUAGUAGUGGCAGAAGGAUGUUAUCAAUUUCAGGAAUAUCAUAGAGCACUAAUGUAUUUAGAACAACACAUGGCUUCUUCUAAUAAGGGAUUAUCAGAAGCAUUGGAGGGUGGAUUACUUGCUAAAAUAUAUGCACAACUGGAUGAACCAGAUGGCAUAUCUGGCAUAUUAGCUACACAGGAUCAUACUCCUACAGUUCAACAACUAGUUUUAGCUCAUGAAGUCAAUGGGCAACUUCAGGAUGCUGCUACCUGUUAUGAAAGAUUGGCACAGAAAAAAACUUUGAAGCAUACAUAUUUACAAGGAAUGAUCCAGUGUUAUCUUGGUCUCGAUCAACCUUUUACAGCAAAACAUAUCACUGAAGGAGUCUUAAGUAACAGAUCAGAGUUAGAGCCAUUAAUGAUUGAACACGAGCCGUUUUGGAGAUUAGCUCAUUUCAUAAGAUUUGAUGACACUUCCCAAAAAAAUAUAAAACAUAUACUACUUGAAGAUCUUAAGAAAGGUAUUAAACCAGAUUUAUCAUCCUUAAAAAAGAAUCUGGUAUCAUUGUUAGAAGAUGCAUCACGGCCAGGAGCUUAUCAACAAAGCUAUUCUUACAUUAUGAAGUUACAUAUAUUAAAUGAAUUUGAUAAAGCAGUUGCUACUAUGCUGACUGAUAUGGGAAAAUUACCAAUGAUAUUCGAAGAAUGGGAGAAACGUGGUCGACUUGUCCGCGCUUCACGAGGAGUAGAAUUUGUGUUGAGUAUGCGUAGAGCUACACUAGAUUUGGCACUUCAAUUACAGAGAGAAAUUGAAAACAAAGAAAAUUCUGUAUUAAAACAAGAAAUUGGCAAGAUUUGGCUUAAGAGUGCGAAGAUUGCGAGAAAGAGUGGAUUACAUCAACAAGCAUAUAUGUAUAUUUUGUCUGCCAGUGAUUCUUGUCCUCCACAACAACUUUAUAUAGAACAAGCACAAUUAUAUUGGCAAAAGGGCUGUCAAGAAGACGCUUUUAUAACCCUAAAACGUUGUUUCUCCAGUUGUUUUCGUCCAGCUAUGCACUACAAAAAUUUGCCAACAGGCGAAUCUUUAGAAGAAAGGAAACAAUGUGCAAAGGCAAAACUUUUAUAUGCAAAAUAUAAUGAUGAAACAGUUAAUGUAGAUACCGAUGCUAAUAUUAUAAAUUACAAAGAAGCUAUUGAAGUUUGGAGAGAAUGGGAAAAAAGUUUACUGUUUUGUGCACAGUACUAUGAAUCUGUUAUAGAUAGAAUGUCUGAUGAAGAGAAAGAUUCAAUGGGACGAGAUUUACAAGUGCAUACCAUGAAUUAUUAUGGGAAGUCACUUCAAUAUGGUUGUAAGUACAUUCAUCAAUCUAUGCCGAGAAUGUUGACUAUAUGGUUAGAUUUCGCUUCGCGUGCAACAUCACGAUCUGACAGUCUUAAUGAUGGGGAACAAGAAAAAUUUCGACGAGACGCAUUAUUAAAAAUGUCAAAAAUCAUGGAAGUGUAUCAUGAAAGACUACCAAUAUUCAUGUGGCUAACUGCAUUUAGCCAACUUGUAUCACGAAUAUGUCAUCCUUCUCUUGAGGUGCAAAAGACUAUCUGUACCAUAUUAGUAAAACUAAUUCAUGCUUAUCCCCAACAUAGUUUAUGGAUGAUGGCAUCAGUUAUUAAUUCUUCAUAUCCUGCACGACAAAGACGUUGCCAAGAAAUUCUUAGUCAUCCUAAACUUAAAACGCCAGAAAUGACCAAACUUAUUACAGAUUUUCAUAAAUUAUGGGAGCGAUUAAUUGAAUUAUCAAAUAAAGCAAUACCAGAAGGUGUUAUGAAUACGACGAUAAAUCUCUUGUCACGGAAUCUUCCCCGUUUACUUUCAAGCAAGGAAUUUAGUCCAAUAAUGAUACCAACGACCAAAUUUAGACAACUGCAUCUGCCGUCUAAGGGCAUGUCGUUAGAAAAUUAUAAUGCCUUUUCUUCAAAUUGGAUUCAUAUAUCCGGAAUAGAAGAUAAUGUAGCUGUUAUGCCAUCUCUUCAAAGACCGCGGCGUAUUACGUUAAAAGGGUCGGAUGGUAAAGAUUAUCUAUUUAUGUGUAAGCCAAAAGAUGAUUUACGAAGAGACUUCAGAUUAAUGGAAUUCAAUGAUAUUGUAAAUAAAUAUCUUCAAAAUGAUCCAGAAUCUCGACAAAGAAGAUUGUAUAUACGGACAUAUAGCGUUGUACCUCUGAAUGAAGAAUGCGGUUUAGUAGAAUGGGUACCGAAUUUAGUUGGGUUUAGACCCAUUAUUAUAAGUUUGUAUAAAGAAAGAGGUAUUGCAAUUUCGAAUAGAGAACUUAGAAGCAUAUUAUGCUCGUUAAAAGAUCCAUUGGAGAAGAAAAAGAAGGUGUUUCUACAACAACUUCUUCCGCGUCAUCCAUCAGUACUCGGAGAUUGGUUUCGUCUUACAUUCCCUGAUCCAUAUGGGUGGUAUGAAGCACGUACUGCCUAUAUUAGAACUACAGCAGUAAUGUCUAUGGUGGGAUAUAUUCUUGGCCUUGGAGAUCGUCAUGGAGAAAAUAUAUUAUUUGAUUCUAAAUGUGGAGAUUGUGUACACGUAGAUUUUAAUUGUUUGUUUAAUAGGGGAGAAUUGUUUGAGUGGCCAGAACGUGUACCAUUUCGUUUAACGCAUAAUAUGGUAGAUGCUAUGGGACCAUUAAAAAUUGAGGGACCGUUUAGGCGCGCUUGUGAAAUAACUAUGAGGGUUCUCCGACAACAAAGUAGCACAUUAUUAAGUGUAUUAACACCAUUUGUAUAUGACCCACUUGUAAGCUGGAAUAAGAAUCAUAUUAGUGAAGGUGGUGAGAAAACAAAUGAAAAAGCUGUGGAACAUAUAAAAAAUAUAGAACAACGACUCAAAGGUUUAAUUCGGUAUCAUGGAAAAAAAUUAGAGAAUAUUGCUUUAAAUCUUAGUGUUGAGGGACAAACUAAUCAGUUGAUUUUAGAAGCAACUAAUGUAGAUAAUCUUUGUCAAAUGUACUUUGGAUGGGGCGCAUACAUGUAAAGAAUAUUACGAUUUAUUAAGUAUUUAAUAAUUUAAUGUUUAUACAUCAACUGAUUAUUAGUAAAUUGAAACUAUACAAACCAGUUCCUAGACUAAGAUUCUGAAUUAAAGCUCUGAAGCAUCAUAAAAUAUGAAAAUGCAGUACUGAGUAUCUGUAAAUAUAUGUAAAUGGUCAAAUAAUUGUUAUUAUCUCGGUAAUAUUAUGCUAACGAAAAUUUUACAUAUUUUUUUAGAUAAAUAUGUGAUGAAACUUUUACCGCUGUAAAAUUUUCCAAAUGCAUUAUGUAUAAUUUUCCUGCUGUAAUAUAACUAGGUCUUUGAGAACGCACAAUGAUCAUACACAAUUCAUCUUUAAUAAAAGUUGCUAAUUGAGACCAUUGUAUGGAAUA